CGGCCACGGACGCAGGACCCGGGCUCGCUGCUGCGGGCGCGCUUGUUUUCCUGCCGCCUGGUCCUGAGUAGCCCCUACCCGCUGGUCCGUCUCGCUCGGCUCAGCCCCGCCCGUCAUCGGUGCUCCGCGCUGGAUUUAUGAAUGGGGGGAACAGGCCACAUGCCCGCCACCUCCGCCUCGAGUUGACCGCACACUGCCCGGCCCCGCAGAGCUCUGGCUACCGUAGGAGCAUCCGCCGGGCCCCCGAUAGCCGCUCCGAAGAAGACUUGUUGCUGUUACGCUGCUGCCUCCGCCGCUGCCGCCGCCCGGAUAAACCCUGCCGCCUUCAGGCUCGCCGCGUUCUAGGAGCCAAGGGGUGGCUCGUGUGAGUGUGAGCGCGCGCGCCGCGGACCCUCGCAGUGCUCUGGGACUGUGCGCUUCUCUGCCUUUCUGGGGUUGGGGGGGGCGUGUCCCCGGCCCGGAGCAUCCUUGUGCUUGCCCCUACCUCUUGGGACCCCAACCCUUUGGUUUGAGUCCUCGACCCAGGUCUUCACCUCCUGCCUCCCCUAGGUUCUGCCUGCCUAAAUCCCAACCACCUGUGCACCACAGAAAGCCAACUCUUCCUGCUCCGCGCCCCGGGGGGGCGGGGGUGGGGGGGAGGCAGGGGCAGAGCCACUCCGCAGAAGGGGCCGCCACCACCUCCUGCCUCCUCCUCCUCCUCCACCUCCUCCUUGUCGUCUCCUCCCCCUCCCCGUUCUGACGCUGCCUCCUUGGGAAGGGUGUUUGGAGGGCAGCGGCCGCCCCAAGCCGGAGCCCCGCAGCGCUUCUUAUGAUCAGCUCGGUGUGUGUCUCCUCCUACCGCGGGCGCAAGUCGGGGAACAAGCCUCCGUCCAAAACAUGUCUGAAGGAGGAGAUGGCCAAGGGCGAGGCGUCGGAGAAGAUCAUCAUCAACGUGGGCGGCACGCGACAUGAGACCUACCGCAGCACCCUGCGCACCCUACCGGGCACCCGCCUUGCCUGGCUGGCGGAUCCCGACGGCGGGGGUCGGCCAGAGUCGGAUGGCGGCGGUGCAGGCAGCAGCGGCAGCAGCGGCGGCGGGGGCUGUGAGUUCUUCUUUGAUCGUCACCCGGGUGUUUUUGCCUAUGUGCUCAACUACUACCGUACGGGCAAGCUGCAUUGCCCCGCAGACGUCUGUGGGCCUCUCUUUGAGGAAGAGCUCACCUUCUGGGGUAUCGAUGAAACAGAUGUGGAACCCUGCUGCUGGAUGACCUACCGGCAGCACCGCGAUGCUGAGGAGGCACUGGACAUCUUCGAGAGCCCGGACGGGGGCGGGGGAGGUGCAGGGCCCGGCGACGAGGCUGGCGACGAUGAGCGGGAAUUGGCCUUGCAGCGCCUGGGCCCCCAUGAAGGAGGUUCUGGCCCUGGUGCUGGGUCCGGGGGCUGCCGUGGCUGGCAACCCCGAAUGUGGGCGCUCUUCGAGGAUCCCUACUCAUCCCGGGCGGCCAGGGUGGUAGCCUUUGCCUCUCUCUUCUUCAUCUUGGUCUCCAUUACCACCUUCUGCCUGGAGACCCAUGAGGCCUUCAACAUUGACCGAAACGUGACGGAGAUCCACCGGGUAGGGAAUAUCACCAACGUGCGCUUCCGGCGGGAGGUAGAAACAGAGCCCAUUCUAACCUACAUCGAGGGUGUGUGCGUGAUGUGGUUCACUCUAGAGUUCCUGGUUCGCAUUGUGUGCUGCCCCGAUACUCUGGACUUUGUCAAGAACCUGCUCAACAUCAUCGACUUUGUGGCCAUCUUGCCCUUUUAUCUGGAGGUGGGAUUGAGUGGCCUGUCAUCCAAGGCAGCUCGAGACGUGCUGGGUUUCCUGCGUGUGGUGCGCUUUGUACGCAUCCUGCGGAUCUUCAAGCUCACACGCCACUUUGUGGGGCUGCGUGUGCUAGGCCACACGCUCCGGGCCAGCACCAACGAGUUCCUGUUGCUUAUCAUCUUCCUGGCCCUGGGCGUGCUCAUCUUCGCCACCAUGAUCUAUUAUGCUGAGCGAAUCGGGGCCAGGCCAUCUGACCCACGGGGCAAUGACCACACCGACUUCAAGAACAUCCCCAUCGGUUUCUGGUGGGCUGUGGUCACCAUGACAACGCUCGGCUAUGGGGACAUGUAUCCUAAGACGUGGUCAGGAAUGCUGGUGGGUGCGCUGUGUGCGCUGGCUGGUGUGCUGACCAUUGCCAUGCCUGUGCCUGUCAUCGUCAAUAACUUUGGUAUGUACUACUCCCUGGCUAUGGCCAAGCAGAAGCUGCCCAAGAAGCGAAAGAAGCAUGUACCACGGCCACCCCAGCUUGAGUCACCCAUUUACUGCAAGUCUGAGGAGACUUCACCCCGGGACAGCACCUACAGCGACACCAGUCCCCCUGCCCGGGAAGAGGGUGUGGUUGAGAGGAAGCGAGCCGACUCUAAACAGAAUGGUGGUGCUAAUGCGGUGCUGUCUGAUGAGGAGGGAGCUGGCCUCACCCAGCCCCUGGCCUCGGCCCCCAUCCCUGAAGAGCGUCGGGCCCUGAGACGCUCAGGUACACGAGACAGAAACAAGAAGGCAGCUGCCUGCUUCCUGCUCAGUGCUGGGGACUAUGCCUGUGCUGAUGGCAGUGUCCGGAAAGAAGGCAAUGUUGAACCGAAAGCGUGCGUCCCAGUGUCUCACACCUGUGCUCUUUAAACACAGAGACCUGCCAAGACGCCCUCUCGUCCAACUAUGCCCACGCUGAAGUCCUCACCCUCUCUUAGAGCGGCACCAACGUGAGAAAGACAGACAGACAGACAGAAAGCCAGAGGCUUAGGAAAACUCUGGAACCCAGGCACGAAAUCUUUUGCUGGGAAAGACUCAGAUAUCUUUGUUUGCACAAGACUGGUGGAAAAACCUCCCAUGUGACUCUCAGGGCCCAGAGCCAUCUGGGUCUGAUACUCUGUUCUACUGUACAUUGAAGAGACAUAUAUGCACAUAUAGUAUCUAUAUUCAUACAUACUAUAUACUCUUGUGUGUAGUGCACGUGCUACUGGUGGUCUGUCUUCAUCAUUAGGCUAUGUCUCCCAAGUCCUCUGCCCACCCUGUUUCCCUACUCUCUCUUCCUUCAUGGAUUGUUUCUUCUGACCGUGUGUAUGGGAUGUCCCAGGAAAGUGUACCUGGGACCUGCCCCUCCAGCUGGGUGGUCCCAGGCUGCUCUCACUUGGGGGUGUUUCCCCUGCCAGCAGGUGGCCUAUUGAAGUCAGUUAAAGGCAAGAUUGCCCUCCCAGGUUACUGCUUCACUAGCCCAACCCCACCCCAGAUUGGGGUUCUACCUCCCACCCCACACCCCAGUUUGUGGGGGCACUUCUAGGGGCUCUUUUGCAGCCUCUGUCACUCCUUCCAGCGCCCCUUCUGUGUCCAUGACAGGGGGGAGUUUCAUUUCUUUUGUGUGUCUCCUUUGUCCAUUUCUUUUCAAAGAUGCUGCUGGGCAGAUGGAAGGGGUUCUGUUUGCCCAUCUGGCUCAGGGGUCUGAGAAGGGGACACCUUGGGCGAGAGGAGACCAGUUGCAAUACUGUACUUCCUGGCCGGUGGCCAGAGGAUGCGUGCAAUAGCAGAGGCCAGGUGACCCCUUCAGCCUUGGCCUCUGCCCCUCCCUCGGCCCUUCCUGCCCACCCUUGGUAUUGGUCAGUCCUUUUCUAAACCUGUCCCCUUGUGUGCGUCUGAGGCACGCCUAGGCUGGGCCCACUGUGCCCUGUCUGCAUGCCCUCAACUGUCAUGCUGUGCUCGAGUACCAAUAAAGACAUCCGAGUGUCCUGCUGCUCCUCUGUGAGCAUC